CUCUUCCAUCCAACCACCUCUCUCUUUCUCGCUCUCGACAUUCCGGAACCCUCCUCUCGUUUCGUCGCCUCCCCGCCGCCGCGCGUCCGCCGGCGACGAGCUAGGGCUCGCUACUCCUCGGCCUCCCCGGGUUCCCGUCACCAUGGGGGCUGACAGCGAAGAAGAUGACCUCGUGGUCUACGGGACGCCCAUCGAGCGGGAGGAGGACACCUCCGCCCGCAAGCGACGGGCCGUCGCCGAGGCCGGGCAGCUCCGCGCUCUCCCCGCCUGGAAGCAGGAGGUGAGGGAUGAGGAAGGAAGAAGAAGAUUUCAUGGUGCAUUUACUGGAGGCUUCUCUGCUGGCUUUUACAAUACUGUUGGCUCAAAAGAGGGGUGGGCUCCACAGACGUUUACAUCGUCACGAAAGAAUAGAGCUGAGGUGAAAAAGCAAAGCAUAUAUAGUUUUCUUGAUGAGGAGGAUAUAAAGGAUAUGGGUGGUAAUGCUUUGGAGACAUCUCAGCAGUAUGACACAUUUGGUUUUACAGCUGCAGAAUAUGCUCAAAAACAAGCAUCCAAGGAACAAAAGGAGAGACCAUCUGCUAUACCAGGUCCGAUACCUGAUGAAUUGGUGGUCCCCACCACAAAUUCCAUUGGUGUGACAUUGCUAAUGAAAAUGGGUUGGCGCCAAGGACGCUCCAUCAAGGACUCACAUGCUGAUUCUUUAUAUGAAUCACGCAGGAAUGCUAGAAAAGCUUUUCUUGCUCUCUCUAGCUCCAAGAAUGAUGAGGAUCAAGAUCAAAGUUCUGACAAGCCUAGCAUAGAUCAAGCUGUUGUGGGGUCACUCGAGGAAAUGCAUAUAUCUGGAAGUACACCUGUCUACGUACUUCAUCCAAAACAGGAUUUGCAUGGAUUAGGUUUUGAUCCAUUCAAGCAUGCUCCUGAGUUUAGAGACAGAAAAACAUUGCAGAAGUCCAGAGAUAGGGACCACAAAAGAAAUGAUGUUUCAGUGAGGGGAAAUCUUCUGAUUUCUAACUCAGGACAUUAUGCACCUGGCUUUGGGAUUGGAGCUCUUGAAGAGCUUGAUGUUGAAGAUGAAGAUAUUUAUGCAUCAGGUUUUGCUUAUGAACAAACUGAAGUGGACAUUGAACCUUCAAAAAUAUCCAGCGACAGUAAUUACAAACUUGAUGACAGAAAAAGAGGUUUCUACCUGAGCUUUAAGAUUGCCACAAAUUCCGAGUACAAACUUGAAAGAUUCCUUCCUCCUCAGAUCCCUGAUGAUUUUAAUGCUCAACACAAGUUUCCUACUCCAGUUCAGUCUGCAGAGAAGUUUUCUGAUUCAGCUCCUCUUGAGGUUCCUCCUCCAGAAGACACUAGCUUGACACUAUUAAUUGACGGUUGUGCAGCAAUGGUUGCACGUUGUGGGAAACAUAUUGAAGAUUUCUACAAGGAGAAAAGCAAGUCAAACCCACAGUUCAUGUUCCUUAGUGGAGGAGAUGGCUGUAAAUAUUAUAUGAGAAAGUUAUGGGAGCAUCAGCAAAAAUAUGUUGGCCAGCAAAGGCCUGAUUCUGCAAAGUCGAAGACUUCUUCUGAAAAAUUGACAGCAGAGAAUCGUGGGAGAAUUCUUGGCGAAAGGCCCCUUGAUAGAAGUACCAAACUACAUAGCCCAUCACUUUCUGCGAAGGAAGCAGUUCAACUGCAAUCUAAUCUCGUUGACACAUUUGUCAAGCCAAUAUCCCUUGAUGGUUUACCAGAGUCUGAGAAGCCUUUUAGCAAUGAUCCUGCCAAACAAGUUAGGUUUGAGCAAUUUCUUAGAGAUAAGUAUAAGGGUGGUCUUCGCGCUGCAAAUAUUGCACCUACAAGUACUAUGUCAGAGGCUGAUCGCGCGCGAGAAAGGCUUGAUUUUGAGGCUGCUGCAGAGGCAAUUGAAAAGGGGAAGGGAAAAAAGGUUAUUGAUCCUUCAUCAGUGUUCUCUUUGCCUGGAAUGAAUGAGCAACGCUUUGUUGCAGCAACUGAACUAGAGAGCUCUGUAGUGCCUCACGAUGAGAAGCCCAUCUAUCCACGAAGGGAGCAGUUCGAAUGGCGGCCUUCACCAUUACUGUGCAAACGUUUUGAUAUCGUUGACCCUUUCAUGGGGAAGCCAAUGCCUGUUCAAAGACCAAGAAGCAAGAUCGAGAACCUUAUCUUUAUGACAGAAUCAAAUAAGGGAACAAAGGAUGAAGUGGAGAGCUCGAGUAGGAGUUCACAGCAUGUUUCUAUGGAAGGGACAACAGAGGCUGAGUCGCAGGGAACCAUUAAUGACCCUGACAUUGAGCCCAGCAGGAUGCAAAGACCUGUUGAUCUUUACAAGGCUAUCUUUUCCGACGACUCAGAUGAUGAUGCGGAUGAAAUUCCUAAUACUCAACCAAUGGAUCCAGCAAAGACAAGUGAAGGUGCCAACAUGGCUCUCAACCGUCUUGUUGCUGAGGAUUUCCUAGAAUCAUUGGGUAAAGAACUGGGAUUAGAGGUUCCACCAGAAAGACCUAAAGUUUUAUCUAGACCUGAAACACUUUCAGCUGCUGGUGCCAGUGUCUCAUCUCAGAAUGAAAGAAUAACAACUACCCUCACAGAAGUAAAGGAGAGUCAGAUCUCUCUUGGCAUGGUGCAAGUUGGCAAUGGCAAUGAAGAUGCUGUAUUAGCCAGUGCUGAAAUGCUUGAUUUGAAAUGUGAGGAGGGGAAUAGAACUGAGGAAAACAGGUCUCGCCAUAUGCAUCGGCAAAGCAAGAAUCAUUGCCCUAGGUCUGAUUCAUCUAGUGAACGACAUAUGAGUAGGAAAAGAAGAUCACAUCAUCACAUCCGGAAUGGAACUCCAGAAUCUGACUCUGCUAGUGAACGCCACAGGAACAGGAGAAGAAAAUCUCAUUCAAGGCACAGAAAAGGCAGGAGUAGAACUCCAGAUAGUGAUUCUUCCAGUGACAUCAAAAAUGAGAGAAAACGCAAGGAGAAAAGGCAUCACCAAACGUACACACCUGAUACCGACUCUAGUGAUCAUGAACACAAGGAAAGAUAUAGAUCUAGUAGUAGAAGAUCAUCUGAUAAAGACAGAAGCCGAAAGCAUUCUAGACAUCAUAAGCACAGAAGAAGGGAUCAUGUAGAUUAUUCAUGAAUAUACGUCUGUACAAAUGAGGGGAGAUGCAGGGAAGAAUAGGUUUUGCAAACCAUGGUAGGUUUAUGAGAACACUGGGGGAGACAUAAAAAAAAAUGCUCACAUUGGAUGUCCAUAUUACAACGCACCUCAGAAGUAUCAACUUGACCACCAGAAGCUUGAUGCAUAAUGCAAGUCGAAGAGAAGAGAAGAUAUGGUGCAGAUGCUUUCCUUGUAUGCAGACCAAUCGUGAACCUGUGGUGCAUCAAGCUUUGUUGUUUAUGCCUGUUUUUGCAUCUUUCCUGCUCAGUGAAAGCAUGUAUUGAGCUUUCCUUCGAAGAUCUUCCCAGUUUUUCUGUCCAUGUAAAUGUUUGGAUAGGAUUGUACAUGAAGGUCUAUUCACCGAGGCACGGCUGUGAUGUAAAAUUAGUAAUGUCGAUGGAAGGUAUAAUUGACAAGUAGGUUGUUUAUCA